AGCAACAAGAAGUCGUUAUGCAUUCGGACCUCCUGCGAGCCAGAGGCUAGACAGCUAGCAUAGCUAACAACAGAUACGGAAGGAAACAAACGCUAAAAGUAUGCGUCUCUGAUUCUGCCGUUUUGUGUGGCAGCGCAAAUGCACCCGGAGAUAUCCCUGCAAUUAUAAUCGUAUAAGAGAAGUACUAUAUAGCAUCACCGUUAUGUUUUUAUACGACCUGCAGUCAUGUUAUCGUGAUAGCUAGUCAACCAGCAAAUCAAUAACUAGCUAGCUGACAAGCCAGCUAGCAAAAUAAACGGUUGUUCAGCCAAAAUGAAUUUGCUGAGCUAGUUAGAUUCAUAUUUCGCAUAUUUAUUAUGCAUGUGAUGUAUUCGUGUGGUUCAUGAAUUACUGUUUGAAUAAUUUAUCGCCUUGGAUUACUUUUGUCACGGACUGCUGCUAAAAUGCAAUAGCAGAACUUAGUCUAUUUUGCAUUCACUGAAUAUUAAAUCAGCAAACUCGAAGCUAACUUCAAAUCGGCCAGCUUGCGAUUGAGAAGCUAUUUAAGAUGGAUAAGAAAUCGUUUGACAUCGUUUUGGACGAAAUAAGAAAGUGUGUUUUGACAGACCAGCGGAUUAAAGCGAUCGAGCAGGUGCAUGGAUAUUUCUCCAGUGAACAGGUGAUCGACAUUCUGAAAUACUUCUCUUGGGCAGAGCCCCAGGUGAAGGCAGUGAAAGCAUUUCAACAUAAAAUGGUGGCCAUCCCUACAACCAAGGUUGCAAACAUCUUGAACACUUUCACCUUCUCGAAAGACAAGCUCAUUGUGCUGGAGCUUAUAGCUCUGAAUAUAUCCGAUGCUCAUAACUACUUACCAGUGGAGGAGCAGUUCCGCACUCACCUGUCAGAGAAGAAACGCGCCAGACGUAUCCUUGAACAGGUGUGUAAAGUGGGAUGUAAAGCCCCUGUGGCAAUGGUUUCCUCCUGUGGGAUGAUCCCUGGGAAUCCUUAUCCUAAAGGCAAACCCAGCCAGGUCACUGGAACCUUCCCUGGGUUUCCUCCUAGAAAGGAAGGAGAGGAGGUGAGCACAGAAGGGAAAGGGAUUGCGAACCGCAUCAUUGGACCCAGCAAACCAUCUCCUUCGAGCUACAAUCCACACAGACCUAUACCUUAUCCGAUUCCUCCCUGCAGGCCGCAUGCCACUAUCGCACCAAGUGCGUACAACAACGCAGGCCUGAUGUCAGUAGGAGGGGUCAUUACAGCAAAUGUGCCCCCUCCACCCUACACUGCCACUCCAAAGUUAGCAGCUUAUGCUCGACCUGCCAGUCUACAGAAUCCUGUCUCUGCCACCUCAACUCACCUCAGCUGUCAAGUCUCCCCUACCAGUUCGGCUCCUCCUACCCCUGUCAGCUCCCAGAAUCAACCCACCACCCCAGUCACCCCUGUUUUUCCUGGUGUGGUCUCUUCUCAGAGUCCUUUUACCCCAUCUCCUGGCCCUACCCCAACUUCUUCAGUUAUCAAAAGCCCUCCUUUGCCUGCUGGCUCUCCUCAGGUUACACCAAACCCCAGUGGUCAUAGCACCCCUACUUCAACUGGCCUGCUGCCUUCUGGCAGAAACACUCCUUCAGUUAUCAGAUCCCACACCCCUUCUGGCACCCCCGGCAUACCUCCUCCACCCUACGGGACGUCUCGUUCAGGAACACCGUCAGGCAUUCCCACUUCCAAGGUGGUAGCAGAUCCUUCACAGAGUAUAGCACUUGCGUCCUCCAAGGGCUUUCUACCUUCUGCUGAGCCCCAGUCAAAUCCAAAAUGCUCUAACAAUUCAGUCAUUCGCAGUUACACACCUUCAGGCGUGCUACCUGGACGGUCCACUCCUAUGCAGGUAAUGGGUACGAUAUCCUCAGGUACCCCAGUGACCCCCUGCACACCCAGUCCCAAACCAUCUCAGACUGGCACAGUUAACCCUUCCUUGUAUAGUGACCAGCCCUCAAACUCUGUGGUCCAACAUGGUGGAGGCAGUGGCAGUAACAGCCCGGUCCCCUCUGCCUUCAAAGGACCAUCAUCCAGGUCAGGUACACCCUCACUCAGCUCACUAGUAAUGCCAAAUUCUGCUGCCCUGGCCCGCUCACUGGGCCUGAGCCACAGUGCAGCCUCUCCUCUGGGCACACUAGGUUCCCAGCCUGGAGGCAGUCCUGCCACACCAUUCCAAGGCAUAUCUCCCUUUCCUACACUAUCUACAGCAUCACCUCUAACUGGAGCUCAAUCCUCCAUGCACUCUUCCGUUUCUUCUGCUCCACUAACACCUUCCAUUGCAUACUGUGACCCCACUGGGGCUCCUUCCCCUUCACCCUUUGGCCUUGGACUCACCACAACCCCCUCCAUGAUCCCGGGCUUGGCUCCAGGGCAGAGCCCAGCCUUCCCUGGGUUUGGAGGUUCAGGUCCUCCAGCAGCAGGCAGUCCUGUGCUUUCCUCUUUUAUGGGGCUUCCAGGUGCUUCUUCCUCAGUGGCCACAGUGGCUCCUCUACAAGCAGCUGCGGUGGCAGCAGCAGCAGGUGUCCCUUCCACUUCACCUGUGCUUCCUGGAUUUGCUUCUGCAUUUAGCUCCAACUUCAACCCAGCAUUGGUGGGCCAGCCAGGUGGUGGUCUUCAGGCCCCAGGAGGGGCUGCCUUUCCUGGAUUGCUGUCAUUUCCUGCAGGAGUUCCUGGGUUUUCCUCCAGUGCUGCUCCUGCAGCUCUCUCAGGCCUCCACAACCCAGCAGUACAGUCGGCUUUGCUGCAGGCACAUUCUGCAUCUGCUUUGGAAAACUUUCCUCCACAACCUAAUGGCUUCAGCAGCUAUCCUGCAGGGUCUCCAUUUCCACCUCCAGCUGCAGGAACCCCCUUUCCUCUUCAGCCCGGUCUGCACCCACAGCUUGGCUGGCAAUAAUCGGUUAACAGAUGCCCCGUGAUAUUAAGCAUUCACAGUAAUAUCGUGGACACCUCAAAAUACAAUCAUUACCCUUGGCUUAACUCUUUUGAGGAAACGUCUUGCAUUAUAUGUUUAAAAGCAGCAUUGCAUGCAAUAACUAAUGUAACAGUUCAACUUCAUUAUUGCGCUAGUAUUAAAUGCAAUUUUGUGAUUACCACUGUAAUACCAGGUGAAAUGUGCCAACCAGCUCCAAGUCCAACAACAAGGAUAACAGACAGAAAGCUUGUGGUCAUCCUCAAAGGACCACUCCAACCUGAAACACAUUGAAAAUGUAACGUACUGGAGUGCAAUUCUGACAGUUGAUAAGACGGUUAUUGCAGAUACGUGACCUGCAAGCAUGAUAUCGUUGAUGGUGGUAUUAGCAUGGAAGUUGAACCUUUGGGAGUCAAUCUAUUUAACAGUGUGUGUGUAUAGAUAAGGAGGAAUUUGUCCUUUAACAGAAACCCGUUGUAUUAAACAGGGCUUUAAAAAAUAUUGGGCAGGUUUCGUGAUAUGAGAUCUAUUGUUACAAGCUCUGGGAAAAGCAAGGACUCAGAGUGAGAGUACCUCAUUGGGCUGAGUGAGUGAGUGAAGGGUGGAAGAGUGCAUGAACUAUAGAGUGGAACAUUGAGCUUUCUCAGAAUUAAUGUGGUUUUUAGUGAGUCAGUUAGUGUGUAGAGGCUGGUUUCAACAAUGUUCAGAGUUACCAGAGAGUGAACAGGAGUGAUUUUCUUUUUUGUUGAUCUGCAGCUCUCUUUGAUAUGUUCAUUCCUGUCGAAGUCUGAAAGCUAAUCUAAGCAAUGAUUAUAAUGAUUUGAAGAGAUAUGAGAAAUGUUGGAAUGUAUGAAAUUAAUACUACAGUAUUGUGUGGUGUUAAUUUUUUUUUUUUUUUUAAAUAUAUAUAUAUAUAUAUAUAUAUAUAUAUAUAUAUAU